AUGUCAUUGAAUACAGAGCAUUCAGAAGGAGGCCUUCGUCUUCUCUUCGGACCACAAUGUUCUGAAAUGGAAGGCUCCAUCGCCCACAUCCGGGAUGCCGUAUACAAAGAUCCAACCGGCCUGGGGUUCUUGUCUGAUAUUCUUGACGAGCUUCCCUCCUUAUGGUCCGUCAUAACUGCUGCCUGUCCAGCCCUACAGAAGGUGUCGGGGGAGAGGCACCUGGCUGCACUGGGGCGGCGUUUUGAGAAUGGAUCUCCAGAUAGCGAGGCAGAAGCCCCAAGCCUCAUUAUGACUCCAGUCACGGUGAUGAGACAUCUAGUUGACUUUUGGAAUCUCCAAAAUGUUGCGAAACAUCCGGCGUUUCCAUCCUCGUCAUUAUCACAGACCGCAGCCCCAAGGAUAAUUGACACACAGGGGUUCUGUGUGGGUAUUCUGGCGGCAAUUGCCGUGGCCUGCUCCCGGGAUACACGGGAGUUCCAGUCUUUGGCUUCGAACGCCAUACGGCUCGCUGUCUGUAUUGGGGCGUUGGUAGACUUCGAUGAGAUCGUGUCGGGCAACGCUAAGUCGAUGGCAGUGCGGUGGGAGUCUCCAGAGGACCAUGACUAUCUUGAACAGAUCUUGACAAGGAAUCCCAAUGUAUAUAUCUCCUGCUAUACAGACGUCAACAGCGUCACUAUAACUCUCCCCGGUGACACUGCACAACGGGUGAAGCAGGAGUUCAGCGGCCGUGGUCUGCACACAAAGCAGAUUCCUCUCCGGGGCCGCUUUCACCACCAGCAAACACACCGCGAAGGCAUCCAGCACAUAAUGAAGCUAUGUGUGAAGGAUCCUCGCUUUCAACUCCCUCACAGCAACGCGUUGAUACUACCCCUUCGAUCAAGUCAGACUGGGGAGGUGCUCAUAAACGCAGCCAUAUUGCACACCGUCGCCUUGGAGUCGAUUCUCUCCGCUAAGGCAAACUGGUGGGGAAUAGUCUCCGCAUUACUGAACAGCGCCGAUAUGGAAAUUGACGAGUCCCGUCUUCUAUCCAUCGGCCAGGAAGAGUUCGUCCCACGAUCAGCAAGGGGCCAUCUGGUAGCCAGGAGCAACCUUGAUGUCUACGGGGCACGAGUGCUUGCUAACGGAAACACGUCGGCUCGCUCCGCAGUGUCGCUGCAGAACGGCACGCACACCCUCAAUGGUAGUCCGCAGACAGCUGAGAUGCCGCCUAUUGCCGUCACUGGCAUGGCUUGUAGAUAUCCUAACGCAGACACCACGAGCGAGCUAUGGGAUUUGCUGGAGCUGGGGGAAUGUACAGUGAAGAAGGCCCCUGAGAGUCGGUUCCGGAUGCCAGACCUGCAGCGGGAGCCGAAGGGCCCAUUCUGGGGUCACUUCCUCGACCGGCCAGAUGCGUUGGACCAUCGUUUUUUCAAUAUCUCAGCGCGAGAGGCCGAGUCCAUGGAUCCACAACAACGCGUGUUGCUGCAAGUAGCAUAUGAAGCCAUGGAGUCUGCCGGAUACUGCGGAUGGCAGCACACUGAGCUGUCGGACGAUAUCGGCUGCUAUGUUGGCGUGGGAUCCGAGGACUAUACUGAGAAUGUGGCGUCGCGGCAUGCAAAUGCCUUUUCGGUUACAGGAACCCUGCAGUCAUUUAUAGCCGGCCGUAUCAGCCAUCAUUUCGGCUGGUCGGGCCCAUCGAUUACGCUGGAUACAGCGUGUUCAUCCGCAGCAGUGGCUAUCCAUCUGGCGUGCAAGGCCCUGCAAACAAAGGAGUGCUCGAUUGCUGUGGCUGGCGGUGUGAAUAUUCUGACAAACCCCAGAGUGUACCAGAACCUGGCUGCUGCUUCUUUCCUGUCACCGACUGGAGCAUGUAAGCCGUUUGACGUCUCUGCGGAUGGAUAUUGCCGCGGAGAGGGCGCUGGCCUCGUUGUUCUCCGGCCGUUGCAAGAUGCGAUUGACAACGGCGACCCUAUCCUCGGCGUGAUCGCUGGCUCAGCCGUCAACCAGGGCUCGAACAGGUCACCCAUCACCGUCCCCGAUGCGGAGUCUCAACGAUCGCUCUAUAACAAAGCUUUGUCGCUCGCUGGGGUUGCCCCGGAUGAGGUCACCUAUGUGGAGGCCCAUGGCACUGGUAUGUAUCCUGCUCUAUUCUGCCCUCUUCCAUUUCGCCUGCAGUUUAGUAACAAUGUCAAAGGCACACAAGUUGGAGAUCCGAUUGAACUGGAAAGCGUUCGCGAGGCAUUUGGAAAUCCGCACCGAAGACAGAGUCUCCAUGUUGGGUCCAUCAAAGGUAACAUCGGACACACUGAGACCUCCUCGGGGGUCGCCGGGCUGUUGAAGACGAUCCUCAUGCUCCAGAAGCAACGGAUACCGAAACAGGCAAAUUUCAGGCAGUUGAAUCCCAAGGUCAUGCCUCCGCUCGAGAACGACCGAUUGGUGAUUCCCGUAGAGUCAACCAAAUGGGAAUCAGCGAGACGGGUUGCCAUGGUCAGCAAUUACGGGGCAUCGGGGAGCAACGCUGCGCUUAUAGUGAGAGAGCACACUCCUAGCCUCUCGGGGCAGGGGAAGGCAAUGAUGGAAUACAUUCGAGAUGUGCCUAUCUUGAUUUCUUCACGGUCUGAAGAAUCUAUUCGGGCCUACUGCGGUGCGCUUCGUACCACCCUCUUGAGCCACCCACAGUCCAAUAUCGUGGUCCGGAAAUUGGCGUACAACCUCGCAAUGAAGCAGAAUCGAACACUGCCGUUUAAUCUUACUUUUUCAACCUCUUCUGAUCCGGCAUCGCUGAGCACCCGCUUGGAGGCUAUUGCCGCAGAUAAGUCUGCCGAUAUCGUCCAGAAGCGGCCAUCUAAUGAGCCUCCAAUUGUUCUGUGUUUCGGCGGUCAGAAUGGAGUUACGUCGAGCAUUUCACAAGAACUUUACGACAGCUCUGCCCUCUUACAGACGCACCUCAUGGCAUGCGAGCAAGCAGGCCAGAAGCUCGGCCUUCCCAGUCUUUUCCCAAGUAUCUUCACAUCAGACCCGAUCACGAAUACCGUUCACCUGCACUUCAUGCUCUUCUCUAUACAGUACGCAUCCGCCAGAGCCUGGAUCGACUCAGGACUGCGCGUAGACCGCAUCGUGGGCCAUAGCUUUGGUCAGCUCACUGCGCUAUCCGUGGCUGGCAGUUUGAGUGUCCAUGACAGCAUCCGCCUGGUUACUGAGCGUGCGCGCCUGAUCCAGACCAACUGGGGUCCAGAGUCUGGGGUGAUGCUCGCUGUGGAGGGUACGCAGACCGAGGUCCAGCGGGUGCUGGAGCAGACAGGCCACCGUGCUGACAUUGCCUGCUAUAAUGGACCACGGCAACAAGUGCUUGCCGGCACGGGGGAAUCCAUCCGGGCGGUUGAAGAGGCUCUCACUGCAAACCCAUUGACGAGUAACGUCAGGGUCAGACGUUUGGACAACUCGCAUGCCUUCCACUCUAGACUUGUGGAUAGCAUUGUGCCCGGCCUCACAGAGCUCGCAGAGUCCUUUGUCUACCAAGCACCAGCUAUUCCCAUCGAAGCCUGUUCGGCGACCGGCGACUGGUCGAUCGUCACCCCGGCAAAGAUCGUCGAGCACAGCCGCAUGCCUGUGCACUUCCAACGCGCUGUCGAAAGAAUAGCUCAAAAACUACAAGUUCCCGCCGUCUGGCUCGAAGCCGGCUCAGCCUCGCCUAUCAUCCCCAUGGUGCGUCGAGUGCUGGAGAAAUCGUCUGCAACUCACACAUACCACAAGGUUGACCUCGAUGGGUCGGACGGAACCCGGAAUUUGGCAACUGUCACCAGCGCCCUUUGGGGACAGGGCGUCCAUGUCCAGUUCUGGCCCUUCUAUCAAGCGCAGCGUGGGACCUUCGGCUGGAUGAACCUUCCGCCGUAUCAGUUCGCGAAGAACAGCCACUGGGUUGACUUUGACCCUACUGCUUUCUCCUUUUCUGGCUCCUCGGCGGAACCGCAAUGUAGGAGUCAGGAGCAAGCCGGCCUGUUGCACAAGUUGAGCGACGGCCCAGAGGAGUAUCUGUUUGCCGUUAACACCCAAGAUGCAUUGUACAGGUCAUGCACGAAGGGGCACGCGGUAUUGGACCAGACGUUGUGUCCCGCAUCCAUGUAUAUGGAAAUGGUCCUGCGGGCAGCAACUUCCGUCUUUACCUUGGGUGAAUCCUCAACGCUGGCUAUGUCUCAUAUCGAGGACUUGGCCAUAUCAUCCCCCCUAGUAUUAGAUCUGCAAGGAAGCGUGUUCGUACGACUGAUCCCAGACGGAGUGGGCCCUUCCCAGCCGUGGUCAUUCUCGGUCUUCAGCAGUAGCGAGACGGGUAGUGAGUCAUCGAUUCACGCCACAGGCAGUGUCUGCUUGUGCAACGAAAGGUCCAGGACUCUAUCCCGCUUUCAGUCUAUGGAUCGGUUGAUGGACCCGGCACGAGCAAGAGGAAUUGAGGAUCAUCUGGCAUCAAACGGACUGAAAGGAUCGACGGUCUACUCUGCCCUCGAACAGGUCACCAACUAUGCAGACUACUUCCGCGGAGUGAGGCAGGUGUUUGCAAAUGGCCGUGAGGCUGCGGGGCUGGUCAGUAUGGCGCCGUCAGCCACUGAGACCACCUGCAACCCCAUCCUCCUGGACAACUUUCUGCAAGUUGCAGGAAUUCACGUCAACUGCCUCUCUGGCCGCGAAGCAGAGGAAGUCUUCGUGUGCAACGCUAUCGGGGAAACGUUCGUUAGCAAGUCAUUGGUCAAGAAGGAAGACGGAGCUAUUCCGUUGUCAUGGAAGGUAUACACCAACUACGUCCGGCCGUCCAAGAACGAGAUCGUGUGCGACAUCUACGUGAUGAACUCUCAAGGAGACGGUCUUACCGCCGCAAUGAUGGGCGUUCGGUUCAUGAGUGUCUCCAUCCGCUCUCUCACUCGCGCACUGGCCAAGCUGAACAACAAUUUCCCUAACGGCGCGGAUCACAUGUCCGUCCCACAACUCCCGCCCAAGACACAGCCAGCAAUUGUGACAGCCGACCAUGACGAAGCCAGUGACAGUGUAAAUGUGGAUGGCGACCUUGCUGCUGUCCAAGGAAUGCUUUGCGAGCUGUUUGGAGUUGGUGUCGAAGAGGUAUCUCCAUCAGUCUCGCUGAUCGAUAUCGGAGUGGACUCGCUCAUGAGCACAGAAGUGCUCUCCGAAAUAAAGAAGAGAUUUUAUGUGGAUAUUUCGUAUUCCACCUUGGUGGAUAUUCCCAACAUCCAGGGUUUGACAGAGCAUAUCUUCCCCGGUCAUUCUCACCUAGCUCCUUCGCGGGUUGUGAUCGAACCAGUACGGCAGCAGACAGUGAUACCGCAAACUGUAACUCCUCUGCCCGUGCCAGCUGACGGCGGACCAUCGCUAGCCUCAGCGGCAUACCAAUGCUUCUAUGAGACACACGCCGCGGUAUCUCACACACACAAUGCCCACUGGGCCGGCUUCUUCAAUGCCAUCUAUCCGCAGCAAAUGACACUCAUCACGGCGUACAUCCUGGAAGCAUUCCGCGCCUUGGGCUCCCCACUAGAGUCCAGUCAGCCAGAUGAGGUCCUCCCUAUUAUUUCCGUCCUACCACGCCACGAGCAGUUGAAGAAGCACCUGUAUACAAUUUUGGAAUCCGUCAACCUCGUGCGCCAAACUCCAACUGGUCAACUCGUGCGCACAGCAACACCCAUCUUGCCGCUCCCAUCGCACGCCUUGCACGCCCAGAUCCGGGAUGAACACCCUCCAUAUGCACUGGAGCACGAUCUUCUCCAGAUCACAGGCUCGCGAUUGGCUGAGUGCCUGACCGGGCAAGCGGACGGGUUAUCGCUGAUUUUCCAGGAUUCCCAGACUCGGCGCCUGGUAGGAGAUGUCUAUACGGACUCCCCGGUGUUCAAGUCGGGUAACCUCUACCUCGCGCAGUAUCUCACGGAUGUCAUCCAAGCUCUCGGUAACGGUCGGCAGGUUAAAAUCCUCGAGAUCGGGGCCGGCACAGGAGGCACCACCAAGAAUCUCCUCGAGCAGCUCUUGGCCCUCCCUGGAAUGGCGACACGCGUGGAGUAUACCUUCACGGAUAUCUCGCCAUCGCUUGUUGCAGCCGCGCAGAAGAAGUUUUCCAACUAUGGUUUCGUACGGUACGAAACUCUUAACGUGGAGAGCAGCCCUCCCUCGCUCUUGCACGGCCAGUACGACAUUGUGUUGUCGACCAACUGCGUCCAUGCUACCCGAAAUCUCGUCGAGUCCUGCUCAAAUAUCCGCAAGCUCCUCCGGCCUGAUGGGAUCUUGUGUCUCGUCGAGCUGACCCGUGACAUAUUCUGGUUGGAUCUUGUGUUCGGACUCCUGGAGGGCUGGUGGUGGUUCGAGGACGGUCGGAACCACGCGCUGGCCACCGAAAAUCUUUGGGAUCAGACGCUUCGCCAAUCUGGCUUCGAGUGGGUGGGCUGGACGAAUAAUGAGACUUUAGAGUCGAAUGCCCUGCGUGUCAUUGUCGCAUCACCGGCGAAAGUCUCUUCUGCUCUGGAGAUUCGCUCCAAGACGGCAAAGAUGGAAACUGUCGUUUGGGGUGAUAGGGAUGGUCUGCAGCUGCUGGCUGAUAUAUACUAUCCCGACGUGGUUGACACUACGCGGAAACGACGACCAAUUGCUCUGAUGAUUCAUGGAGGUGGCCACGUCAUGCUAUCUCGUAAAGACAUCCGUCCGGCCCAGACACAAACCCUUCUCGACGCCGGAUUCCUGCCUGUCAGCGUCGACUACCGCCUAUGCCCUGAGGUAAGCCUUGCAGAAGGUCCUAUGGCCGACAUGCGCGACGCCCUAGGUUGGGUGCGCCGCAUCCUCCCAAAUCUCCCCUUGCUGCGUCCAGAUAUCCGACCGGACGGGAACCAGGUUGUGGCCAUCGGGUGGUCCACUGGUGGUCAUCUCGCAAUGACGCUGGCGUUUACGGCUCCCGCUGUGGGAAUCACCGCUCCAGAGGCCAUAUUGGCUUUCUACUGUCCAACCGAUUAUGAAGAUCCAUUUUGGUCGAGGCCAAACUUCCCCUUUGGACAGACAGUCGCAUCAAAUUAUAUGGAGUACGAUGUCUGGGAAGGCGUGCAGAGCGCCCCGAUCAAGGGCUAUAAUCCAGCGUUCAAGGAACGGCCACUCGGGGGCUGGAUGUCAACCAGCGACCGGCGCAGUCGGAUUGCAUUGCACAUGAAUUGGACGGGACAAACCCUCCCUGUGCUGUUGGGACGCAUGCACAAGGAGGGUCGCAGCCCCAAUGACCUACCUCGUCCGACAGACGAAGAGAUUCAGGCAGUUAGUCCAAACUAUCAGAUCCGCAUUGGGCGGUACCGCACACCUACGUUUAUGGUUCAUGGAACGAGCGAUGACCUUGUCCCGUGCGCGCAGACCGAGUCAACAUAUAGCGCGUUGGUCAAAAAAGGCAUUGAGGCGGAUAUCAGGGUGGUGCAGGGAGCGGUGCAUCUAUUUGAUCUUUAUCCGAGCUCUCAUGCUGGCCAGGAUGCGAAGGAAGCGGUGGUUGAUGGGUAUGAAUUUUUGAAAAGACACGUUCACUCUAAGGGUUAUAGCUAUGAGGAUUAG